UAUCUCUCUUUGUCCGCCCGCCGGAGCCCCAAAAGUAAUCGGAAAAAAAGAAGAGAAAAAAAUCUCACUUUUCGUCUUUCGCUGGCCGCAUCAUCCACUUUCCUCGCGAUUUCUAUCUAGGUUUUAGCCGAUCAAUCCAUUCGGAGCAUGAGCUCACGAGGAGCGCGGCAGCCGGCGAAGAGGGCAGGGCGGGUUACUCGCAGGAAGAUGGCGAGGGGGAUUGAUCUCAACGCUCCUCCGACGUUGGACGAACAUCAGCCGGUGGCGGCCCCUUUGCAGCCUUCACAGGGUUCGGUCUCUCAGUGGCCGGAGUUGGGGACUUUGGGAAGGUCCACUUGGCCGAUCGAUGUCGAAUUGAUAGAGGAUGACGUUGUGUGUUUGUCUGAGAGGAUGAAUUCCACCCAAGUUGUUUAUGGGAGAAGCCGGUCCAGGAGGAACGAGCCCGUGCAAGUUGUUGAAGAUGAUGAACCGCAGGUCAUUCUGGGAAGUUCAGCUACCGCAGCACUUCCUCAUAAUAAUAAUAAGCGUCGUAGAGUUCCACCAAACCCAACUGUAAUAGAAAGUGAUGAAGAUGGUGAAAAUAGUAAGAUAAAGCGCGGAAAACAUGCUGCAGAGAUUAAAUUCAGUUGCCCUGUGUGCCUGAAUACAUUGACUGAGCCAUCCUCGACCAUCUGUGGUCACAUUUUCUGCCAUGGCUGCAUCAGGCGUUCUGUCCAAACUCUCAAGAGCUGCCCCACCUGCCGAAGAAAACUCUCAAUGAAUAACUUUCAUCGAGUUUACCUUCCAGCUGCCGACUGAAGUGAUCCUGACUUCCGCUUGUUGGUUAUAUCCUGCACACCUCUCUAAAUCUCUGCAGCCUUACUUCAUUGGAGGAUAUAUUCAACUUGCAUUGCUUUUAGUUGCUUUACUAAUAUAUUUCUGGUAUUCUGUAUUGUAUCAAUUUGGGAUGCAUUGGUCUUUCAGAAUAUAGAUAUCUCAGAAAGCCUUGUUAUUCACUCAUUCCAUCAUUUGGUUGUGAAACUCCAUUUGUGAAUUUUUGUUUGGUGGUGGGUGAUUCAAGGCCUUGUUGUAGACCCAUUUUCAAUUAUGAAGCAAGUGUUUAUUUAUCA